AUGAGUUUUGUUUUCCGAGGAACUCGAGCUGAUAUCGAAAAUGGCUUCCCUGGUUUUGUCCCUGAACGCCGGGCACUGCGUCUUCAUGCAACCCGGCCUGUUAAUUCCAAUUCACUUGUUUUUCUUGUCACAGUUCUCUUGCUAUUCAUGGUAUUGAACUCGCACCAAAUGUCACCUAAUUUCCUGCUUUGGCUAGUGCUUGGUGUAUUUUUGAUGGCGACUACCUUGAGGAUGUAUGCGACUUGUCAACAACUUCAAGCUCAGGCACAAGCCCAUGCUGCAAUGGCCAGUGGUCUUCUUGGUCAUACUGAGCUGCGGUUGCAUAUGCCACCAUCUAUAGGGCUUGCUACUAGAGGGCGUUUGCAAGGACUCAGGCUUCAGCUUGCGCUUCUUGAUCGAGAAUUUGAUGACCUAGACUAUGAGACUUUGAGAGCACUGGAUGGUGAUAAUGUUCCCAGUGGCACUUCAAUGAGUGAGGAAGAGAUAAAUGCCCUUCCAGUUCACAAGUACAAGGUCACUGCUCCUCUAAAUGGUGCCUCUUCAAUGCAGCAAGCCUCUUCUUCUGUCUCGGUGGAGCAAAAGAAGCAAGAUACAGGCAAUGCUAUUGGGAGCAUGCACUCUUCGGAUGAUGGGCUAACUUGCAGUGUGUGCUUGGAGCAAGUUAUCAUGGGAGAAGUGAUCCGUACCUUGCCAUGUUUACAUCAGUUCCAUGCGAAUUGCAUUGAUCCAUGGCUACGGCAGCAGGGAACAUGCCCUGUCUGUAAAUAUAGGGCAGGAUGUGGGUGGAAUGGCAAUGGACAAGGUGGACUCGAUGCUUCUUACAUGGUUUAG